AGGAUCUAAACACUGAAAGACGGCUGAGAAAGAUGAUUUUAUAGAAGUUACUAAUGCUGCAGGAGGAAAUCCGGACACAAAGAAGACUGAAAAUGAUGUGAUUGAUCUGAUUGAUCUUCCUGCGCUCAUUGCUGCUGUUCAUCUAAUAAAGUUCAAACUGCGUUUGGAUCCGCAUUUCCUCGUCUGCCUCGUUACUCAAGCAUAACAGAACGAUCGAACCACCCAUGGAUCCAGCAGUCCAACGUGCGAACUACCAUCUGCUCUGCUUAAAGCAAGAGGACCGCCCCAUUGAAGACCACAUCCACGAUUUCCUGAACCUGGCGAGUGUCUCAGACUUCCCGGCCUUCUUUAGGGGCAAUUUGAACGCGGCGCUGAGGGAGCGGUUGCCACAGGCAACGCACGGCUGGACGCUCUGCGACUUCCUGGAGGCGACCCUACUAGUUUGCGGCUCACAGCUCACCGUGGGCGUCGUGGAGGAGGACCCUACCCCUCCGCCCACUGUGGAGACCCUUCAGCUAUCCGGGGCCCCCCCUGUCACACCUACCCCGGUCUGCAAGCCAGAGCCCACGCCUGCCCCGGUCUGCAAGCCAGGGCCCACGCCUGCCACAGUGAGCGAGCCAGCGGCCACGCAUGUCACAGUGAGCGAGCCAGAAGCCACGCAUGUCACAGUGAGCGAGCCAGCAGCCACGCAUGUCACAGUGAGCGAGCAAGCGGCCACGUAUGUCACAGUGAGCGAGCCAGCGGCCACGUAUGUCUCAGUGAGCGAACCAGCACCUACGGCCUCUACCAUCAGCAAGCCUGAGUCGUCGUCAACCACGGCCAGCGAGCCUGAACCCACGCUGACCAGGAACAGCAUCCCAGCCUCGCCAGUCGCAUUAGCCCGGAGGAAGAGGAGAAAGGGAGUGGUCUCUGUGCUCCAGCCUCCGCCUGCCGCAGCCCCAAGCCCUAAACCCCCCUUGACUCUGCCCUCAGCGCCCGGCGAACCUAAGCCGGCACAUACCACGGUAACCCAGCCAGAGCCUGUAGCCUCAGACGUCAGUGAGCCAGUGCCGUUAGCCUCAAACGUCAAUGAGCCAGUGCCUGUAGCCUCGACCGUCCCUGAGCCAGCGCCUGUAGCCUCGACCAUCCCUGAGCUUGGUUUUGGAUAUUGGGUGCGAGAAUCCUACAGGCUUGCGGACAGAAAAAGAACUAGCGAGCAACAGUGGUAG